CAAAACCUUCCUUAUUAAAAUUGCAAGAUGGCGGCUAAUGUAGAAAGAAUUCAACAGCAGAUUCAGAGUGAAUUGGAGAAGUUUAAAGGGGUCCAAAARGAUUUGCAGAAGUCAGUGAGUACAAGGCAACAACUCGAUGCUCAGCUCACRGAAAACAAUGUCGUCAAGGAGGAAUUGGAGAAGAUAGAAUCAAGUGGUGAAGUUUACAAAUUGAUUGGGCCAGUACUAGUUAAGCAAGACUUGGAAGAAGCAAAACAGACUGUGGCAAAAAGAAUUGAAUAUAUAUCAGGAGAAAUUAAGAGGCAGGAUACGACAAUAAAAGAAACAGAGAAAAGACAAUCCAGCAGCAGAGAAAGCCUGAACAAGCUGCAACAAGAUUAUCAACAAGCUAUUACAAAGGCUGCUCUUAAAGCUUAACAUUUAGUAUAUUUUCCAGUUUUGCUUUUUAAUGAAGUAAAGUGACUUUAGUUAAUUCAUUUCCCUCCUAGUGUGUKUUCAAAAAUCAGGUAACUUCAAAAUAAAGCCCUAUCUUUAUAGAGCCAUUCUUGACACUAAAUGCUUGAUUUGAGGAAAACCUUAUGAUCAAAGUUUUAGAUGUUAUUGGGUUGAAAGCAAGRUAAAGGGUGGAGUUUUGAUGUAUAGAAAGUAAACUGAUAUAAAUGUUUGUGGUUCAUUAAAAGAAUUUCAAACGGC